ACAGCUUUAACGUCAACGAAAUACUUAAAGCGAAAUGGCAGUUGCGUUGCUGUUAAUAAUUGUUGUGACUUGUGUUAUUGCUUUGCACUACCGGAAGGGUAUUGCUCGCCAUUUUAAAAACAGACUGAUGUUGAGCCGACUUCCCUCGUUGCCAGAUCCGGCAUACCCUUUAAUUGGUCAUGCCUACCUGCUUCGAGGAGAUCCAUCUCGGUUUUUCGAGUUUGUCACCGAAACCACAAACGCAAUGGUAACUGAAGUAAACGAAAAAAUCGGUAUCUUGUGGCUUGGUCCAGUACCUCUUAUGGUAGUUUGCCACCCCGAAGCAGCAGAGGUGGUUUUAAGGAGUUCAAAACACAUGGAGAAGUCUUACCUGUACAAAUUCCUUCACCCAUGGCUUGGUACUGGCUUACUGACGUCUGGAGGGGAAAAGUGGAAACAACGAAGGAGACUGAUCACCCCGUCUUUUCACUUUAACAUACUUCAGGACUUCCUCGAAGUAAUGAACGAAGAGUCAGGCAAGUUAAUUAAUAAUUUGAAAAAGAAAUUAAAAUCGGGCGUGAAAGUUGACGUCGGAAAAGCGGUGACAAUGUGCGCUUUGGAUAUUAUUUGUGAAACUGCAAUGGGACAAACAGUGAACGCACAGGAAAAUGACGACUCAAGUUACGUAAGAGCAUUGUAUAGAAUCUCGGAACUUAUACAGCUUCGUCAAAAGACCCCAACACUGUGGUGGGAUCCAGCGUUUUCUCGCAUGAAACUCGGAAAAGAGCACGAAAACUUGCUCAGUAUUUUACACGGUUUUACACGUGACGUCAUCACGAAACGCGCGAAAACCCGAGACCAGAAAAUUGUGGAGAACCCGAGACGAAUGGCGUUUCUUGACGUACUCCUGCACGCUGAAACAGAAGACGGCAAAACGCUCUCACUUAACGACAUUCAAGAGGAAGUGGAUACGUUCAUGUUUGAAGGACACGAUACAACAGCGGCUGCCAUGACGUGGGCGAUCUACGUCAUAGGCCGACAUCCUGAUAUACAAAAAAAGAUCCACGAGGAACUAGAUGCUGUUUUCGGAGAGGAUAGAGGAGGCACAAUCACUAACAACCAACUUCAGAAGCUUUCUUACUUGGAAAGAGUGAUUAAAGAAUGUCUACGGUUAUACCCGUCUGUGCCGUUCUAUGCGCGAGUCUUGAGUGAGGAUUGCAAGGUCGGAGAUUACAUGGUACCGAAAGGAACACAGACUGUGAUCUUUGCCCACACAAUCCACCACCAUCCUUAUGUGUGGGAAGAUCCAGAAAAAUUUGAUCCCGAUCGUUUCCUAGCAGAAAAUUGUGUUAAGCGCCAUCCCUACGCUUACAUUCCGUUUUCAGCCGGCCCACGUAACUGCAUCGGUCAGAAAUUUGCUCUCAUGGAAGAAAAAGUUAUCUUGUCCAAGCUUUUGCAUAAUUACUUCGUUGUUUCACAUGACAAGAAAGAAGAUCUUGUGAUAAAUGGAGACCUUAUUCUUCGCUCGUCUACCCCACUUAACAUUACAUUAGAAGCCCGCAAAUAAAAAAAUAAUGAUAUCACUUUUUCACGUACUUCUUCAGUUUAAAAUAAAGAUGUAAAUUUUAUAAUUUGAUUGCUUUAAUGCAAUUAAAGGUGCACAUGUAAUAAAAGGCGUAAAAUGAA